AUGAAAGAAGGGGAUGAUGGUUCAAUUUACAAGAAAAGUAUCCAGAGAGAGAUAAUUGAAGCAGUGGAGAGAAUGUUACCAAAUGCAAGAGGACUAAUACCCUGCGCAUUACUAUUUGAAAUGCUACGGUCUGCAAUAGCCUUGGAUGCUAGUAACGAGUGUAGAAAUGGAUUUGAAAUCAGGAUUGGGAAGCAAUUAGACCAGGCGACUGUGAAAGAUCUCCUGAUACCUUCUCAAGGAUAUGCCAAGGAAGAACGGUAUGACACAGAAUGCGUGAGGAGGCUCAUGAAGAAUUUCUAUCGCAAUUAUACUGGAAAAGAUGGACAUGAAUUGAUCACAGUGGCAGAACUUAUUGAGAACUUUCUGAUUGAAAUUGCUAGUGACAUAGACUUAAAGAUGAGCACAUUUAUAUCACUUGCUGACUUUUCACUUGCAGCAUCUAGAGGAAUUCUACAAAAUUCAGAUGGAAUGUACAGGGCUAUAGAUAUCUACUUAGACAAGCAUAGAUAUCUGACAGAAUCUGAGAGAGAAGAGGUAUGCCACCUGUUGGAUUGCAGCAAGAUGUCUCCAGAAGCUUGCUUACAUGCUUCAAGGAAUGAAAGAUUGCCUGUGAGAGUAAUGGUGCAAGUGCUAUUUGCAGUUCAGUUGCAAAUGCGAGAGACUAUGCCAAAGGAAAUCAAGGGAUCAGAGGAGGGGAGAUUAUUUUUAAAAGGGGCAGAGGAAGAGGAAGCAGCAACAAGGGGUUGCAACAGCGAAGAAGAAGUGAUCAAGGCAGAGAUGGAAAAGAUGAGCAGCAAAGUGUUGGAACUGGAAAGAGAAUGCGAUAUGAUGAGAAGGGAAAUCCUGAAUGGUAGCUGCAGGAAAGCUAGAAAAGGAAAAGUGAACAUGUGGAAAGAAAUGAAGAGGAAGUUAGGAUGCAUAACCAGCAUGCAUGAUUGCAACUGCCAUGUCAAGAAGAAGAAGGUCCAUCCAAAAUAG